CUUCAUUACCAUACGAGAGUGACGUCAUUGUUUGCGCUACUAGCGAAUAUUAAUCAUCGUCCCAUUGUUGUUUGAUGAAGCAUAACGUUAGCUGGUUAGCUAACUGAGGACCUACACAAGUCACCAUGGGGAAAGAUCCUAGGAAGCCGAGAGGCAAGAUGUCCUCAUAUGCUUACUUCGUGCAGACCUGCAGGGCGGAGCACAAGAAGAAACAGCCCGAAGCCAGCGUCAACUUCGCGGAGUUCUCCAAGAAAUGCUCAGAGCGAUGGAAGCCCAUGUCUCCUAAAGAAAAAGGAACGUUUGAGGACAUGGCAAAGCAAGACAAGGUCCGCUACGAGAGAGAAAUGAAGAACUACAUCCCACCCAAUGGCCAGAAAAAGAAGAGGUUUAAGGAUCCCAAUGCCCCCAAGAGACCGCCGUCUGCGUUCUUCAUCUUCUGUGCUGACUUCCGGGCCAAGAUAAAGAGCGAGCACCCAGGCCUGUCCAUUGGAGACACUGCUAAGAAGCUGGGAGUGAUGUGGAACAGCUCUGCAGCUGAGGAGAAGAAGCCGUACGAGAAGAAGGCAGCCACGCUGAAGGAGAAAUACGACAAGGAUAUUGCAUCAUACCGCACCAAUGGUAGAGUGGAUACUGCCUCCUCCGCAGCUGCUGAUGACGACGACGACGAAGAUGAGGAGGAUGACGAUGAGGAUGAUGACGAGUAGCCUCCCUGCUGUUGGAGGCUACAUUCUUGUUUAACGCUAUGUAACCCUAUUGUACACACUUUACAUCUCCGAACAGACCCAGACGCAACUAGAAACACAUUAAGCUGUGUGUAUAUUUAAUGUUUUAAUGCUCCCUAACCGGUUAAAGGUAACACUACAUGUCUUGUUUUUGUUCUUGUAGUAGCCCUUUUUUCCUGCCCAUGCCUGUAACUGCUUUGGCAGAUUAUAAAUCACUAUGGAAGUAAUAACUUCCCUUUAGGUGUGCAACUCUCAAAUCAGAUUUCUGGGUUGGUAGCGAGUGAAUUAUGUUUUUUUCUGUAUUUGUUUUAAAGGAUAUUUUUUCAUAUGUUUGUCACACGGUCUUUGUAUUGUUCUUUGAAUACCACUCUGAUAACAAAUGCAGCUGACAUUCAGGAAUGUCUUAAAUAAAGGUCUUUUUUAAUAAA